AAACAGGGUAACAAGGUAGACAGCUUUUUCAACUAUAUUUUUUUAUGUUUCAGUAAUGAAGCACCACAUCCCGUUCCAUGGCUGCAGUGGUUAGCCAUGCGAUGCGACGAUUCCCUACUUCGCCUCCUGACACUUCGUACUCAUCUUGCAGAUUUAGGGGCGACUUCUCAUCAUCAUCGGGCAGCUGCAGUCCAGCGGCAGCGGCGGCUGCGGCGGGCAGCAGCAGCGCCCUCUCGCGCUCGAUGCGCUACGCGGAUCCAUGGCUUUACGGUGGACUUAGCGGGGGAGGAGGAGGAGGUGGACUGCUGCUCACUCCCGCUUUCGUGCUCUGCUCAUGCGCAGACUACCUCAACGGUACCAAGAGGGCCAAGAAGAAUGCGCCACACCAAUGCCGGAAGUGCGGAGGGACCAGGUUACCGUUAACAGCUUUGGAUCCAUCGGCAAAGUUUGGCACGGUUCGAUGUUAUCCCACAGCACCAGUCCAUUCCUCCAUUGCAAUACCACCAAGAGCUGGUACCGUCCGAGCGAGUCCAUCGUACCAUGCACGGCCCACUAUUCUCCCGGACCCGUAUGACCUGAUGCGAAGAUCAAGGUUGGAAGGGCAGAGUACUCAGCAUAGAUCCAGGUCUAUAUCACCCAAAAAGUCAAAGAGCAACAAAAGUUCCAAGUCCGAACCUUACAACACUGUAGGGAGAAGGUCAAUUCUGGAAUGUGACAUCAAUCCAUACGAGCUAGUAUCCGCUGACGAUGGACCUAAGGCAAAAGAAUCUUCUAGCAUCAAGUUUGUGAAUGGGCAGAGGAUAAGAGUUAGACCAUCUCUUUGUGAUUUGGAAUAUGAAGAUGUUCAAGUUAAAUCCCCACUACCACCACAGCAACCUAAGGCUAAGGAAAAACGUACAGAAAAUUUGCAUUCACUCCCAAAAAAGUCAUCAACUCCAAAAACCACUUCGUCUUCUCCAAAAAUCUCAGAGAACAAAGACCUAGAUUUCACGAGUCGAUUCAAAUCCAUCUUGAAGAAACCUUCAACCAACUACAGUGAUACAGAAUCAGAUAAUUAUGGAGAAAGAAGCCUAUCACCUCCAGCUCAGAAAGGUGGUUCACAGUUUUAUCUACCUUUACCCACUGUCAGAAAGAAAGUACAAUUCUUGAUGGAAAAUAUUAGGAGUAGGAAGGAUUCGGAAGAUAGUCUUGAUAAACUAGAGAAUGGUUGCAAUAGUGGAGCAGAAGAAGAGGAAGCAACUGAAUGUAGCAAUACUAAAGAACCAUUUGUGGAAAACGAGGUUCACCAUGCACAAACAGAUGAAACUCCACAAAGCGAACCUAAGAGAGCUUGCAAUCUGAAUCGAAGCUUCAGUGACCGCGCUUCCAACAGGGAGAGCAGCGUUGUGUUCCACGACACCAUGGCACUGAGACAGAAAAAACGGGCAGACUGUAGAAUAGACUUCAGUGAUCUCGAGAGAUUGGAUGGUAUAAAAUCUAUAACCAGGAAAGUCAGUACUUCUGAUCAAAAGCCAAAUGGUCGACCUCCUUCACCCCCCAUGAUUAAAGAAGAAGCGAAAGAUGAGGUCAAACAAGCAGAAGAUACGGAGCCAAAAUCAUUGGAUCCUGAGAGGGGUCCAACCAGAAAACUAUCUAAUUUGAUCGAUAGUGAAACCAAGAAGGUCAUUGAGAGUUUGAAGGAAGAAUUGAAACCUUUGCUGCAUGAAGUCGGUAGAACUACUCCUCCAUAUCAACAAAAUACUCAAAAAAUAAGCAUGGAUAUUGAACCUAGAAGAAAAAUCAGUGAUCAUGUUUAUGAAGAUCUGCCAGAUGAGAAAACUGCUUUGGAUAAACUGGAAAGGUGUCUCAAGGAAGUUCAAUUGGAGAAUAAUUUUCUUUAUGAAAAUAUUCCACCACAGGCACCGCCUAGGAAAAGAAGUAAUGGAAAGCAGUCUUCUCCACCUCCUGGUGAAGAACCUGUAAAGGUAUCCACAUCUGCCACAAUCCAUACCGUAAGAAUCGACUCACCGAACAACUUACUAAGCGACUACAUGAACAGAACAGUAGUCCAAGUGAACAGUCCACCAGCAGUCCAUAAAAUCCAAAUCAAGAACGAAUUUUCAGAUACUUCCAACAUCCAUUCAGUUUCAAUUUUGGAAAAUCCUCAACGAAAAACAUCCAUACUUAUCAACGGCGAUGACUGUUAUUCAACUGUUAAUGUUAGCGAUGACAUUCCUUUGUACCAAUCAUCAGUGGUUGUGAACGACACAAUUACAGCAUGUCCUCCAGCAAUAUCCACGAAAAAGAGUAGUACCGUGUACAUCACUGGAUCGUUCGUACCAACUCCGGAAAAUCCUCCAAAACAAACCGAAGACCCAGCUUCAACCAAAGAAUAUGUUCCAAUGACUUGUUGUCAAAUCGAAGGAUCUCAAAAGAAGGAAGAAGACCCGCCAUCUUCUGACGUACUGAAAGAGCUGUUGAAAGACCCAGUGGCAGCUGUGAAGCGUAAUCUAGUCCCGCACGUCUGUGGCAAGGCAGAUGUGUCCAGGAGACCACGUGACAGGAAGAUGUUCAACCACAUGGUGCAAAGUUUGGUCGGUGAAGUUCCUGAAGAGAAAGCUAUGGAGGAGUCGUUCUUGAGACUGAGAAGCUAUGAGUCUGUUGGCGAUGACGUAUCUUCCGAGCAUAGCUCUUCUACGCAGUACGAGCUGAUGGAUCCUGGGUCUGAUUGCUAUACGGACAACAGCAAUAGGAGUUCUGUGAACGAAGACGAACUGAGCAAUAGGACGAAGUUCUACGAGCUGUUGGCAGAGCCUGCCGAGAUCGAGGUGGCAGACAGUGAUGAUCAUCAUUACGAAAGUAUAAAGACCAAUAACGAUCCGAUCUACGAAGAGAUUGAGAUUCCACCACCAUUGCCCAGUAAUCCACCACCAUCGAGCCUUCUGGAUGAUCUGAACUUGGAUAAGGAAUUUACAACUAGGUCCAUAUUCGAAGGAGCAUCGAAGUAUGAUAUCCUGAGCUACUUGGUAGAUGCGAAAGAGAGAGGAAUAGUGCAAGAACAGGAAGACAACUAUACUUACGCUAUCCCGGUCGAGGAAGAAAACAAAGAAGCAUACAACAGAGUUUCUCAGAUGAGUACUGUUAGUGAUUCCAGUGAAGAUAACUCGCUAGUGAUAUCCGGAGCACUGAUAGAUGAUAAAGCUAUUUGCCAAAAAUCUGCAGAGGUCGAAAGAAACGACUCAGGAGUCGGCUCAGAAACCAGUAAAAGCUCGCUAAGUAAAUAUAGGACGAAACAAGAAGUAUCAGUGCUUUGCGAAGACUGCGAAAUCACUUUAGAAAUCAAAGUAGAGAACGAACCGCUUCUCUGUAGAAAAUGCGGGAAGAAAAGAUCUGAACGCAAGGAGAUCAUCACCGAAAUCGUAGAAACCGAAGAGAAAUACGGCAGAGAUCUGCAGAUUAUCCUCGAAGAAUUCUACCAACCUAUGCUGGUAGCUGGUCUACUGACACCGGAGCAACUGUCUGCUAUAUUCUUGAAUGUAGAAGAACUCCUGGAGAACAGCCAAGCUCUAGCAGAAAGGUUGAGAGAUGCUGUCGAGAUAGCUUUGGAGCAAGGCGAUGAUGACCUGCUUACAGUUAACAUGGGCAAAUUGUUCCUAGAAGCAACACCGAUGCUUCACGCUUUUGAAACGUACUGUAUUAGGCAAGGAGCCGCUAGUUUACUGCUUGCUAGUUUGGAGAAAGAAAAAGAACUGUUACGAAUCUUCUUAAGGUAUGUAAUAUGUUUGUUUCAUGCAAUAUUCUUGUCGCAUAAUCCUUUUAGAAAGCUUGACAGAACAAAAAACAAACUUUCGUUUUGGCCUUCUGAUAUUCGGUUACGUUGCGGCUUUAAGUUUGCCAUUUUACAAAUUAUCAAAUAAGGAGAUUAGGCAUGUCCUAUUUUCAAGCUUCAUCCUAUGUCGUCAGACAACAGGAAUGUGCCCAGCACUGCUAUUACAUAUAACUAUUAACCCACGGGAAUCAAAAUGUGCGCCUAUGGCACAAACUGGACAAAAAAGUAAGUAUUUGUGGAUGACUCAUGCAAUAUACAAAGUAUUUCUUGGUUUAAUAUAGGAAUUAGGGGCCUAUCUCCCACAAAUUUUAUAAUUUUUCUCUAGUUUGAGGGAUACUUUACAAGAAAUUGACUGGAUCAUUAGAUCCCUCACUUUAAAGACGUCGUCUUAUUGAUUUAAUUUCUGACCCUUUAUUACGCACCUGCUUAGUAACAUUGGGCGUUAAAAUGCAAGGCAAAGGAACCCGGCGACAAAUGGCAAUGUUGUCAGUGAUUGUGUAAGAAAUAUAGUUUUUGAAAACAUAACAGAAAGCGCAACAUGUAUGUAUAUUUUUGACUUUAGUUGAAGAGCUAUAAGCUAUUUAACUGUUGUAAAGUCAUUGACAUGCUGAAGCACUCAAAAGAGCUUUCAAGCUGUCUAGUGUGAUAACACUGUAGGGUGUAAACGGUACCUGAAUGAUGAAUGCUCAUCAAACGGCAGUCAGUGGUAGGUUUAAAUAUCUCUCAUCAAUUGAGGAGAAGGAUUUGACAGCGACUAUCAUCUUUCAAACGAUAGCGACACGCCUACUGAAUUCUGCAGUCGUGAAAUUGUACACAAAAUCGUGAUAAAAAUAUUUAUUUAGAGAUUUAUUUCUGACCUUAAAACAUUACAAGAAAACUGACAUCAAGGCCUUCAUAUAAUAAUAAUAAUAAUAAUAAUAACCGUCUUUAUUUCCAAAUAGACUGAUUAUAUAAAAAAUAGCCAAAUACGGGCGAAGUUCAGCUGUAGCUGCUCUUCCACUUAACCCGCUAUAAAAAAGUCUGUACAAAAGGUGAGUGAGACCAACUUAUUCUACUCAUUACAAUUACUAAAUGUAUAUGCAGUGCUUACAUUAAUACAUCUACUAUAAAAGAAUCAUAAACUUGUAUCAAUAUUUUUCUGAAACAUGGUUACUACUGCUGGGAUAAUAGAUAUUUUUUUAAUUGAGUUUUGAAACUUGAGAUGCUCAGAGUUUAUAUUGUACCGGAAGGGUGUUAUAAAUGGAACAAAUUGGUAGCUGAACGAUCGUUCAAAUUGGGCUGUUCGGAAUAUCGGCGGUGUCAGCAACCCCCUGGAUCUUAUAUUGAUGUUAUGCACAUCUGUUCGAAAUGUAACUUUUUCAAAUAAGUAAGUGGGGGGUCUUAUACAAAAUUAUUUUAUGAUGUAAUGUUGCGGCAUGCAAAAAUCUUCUUGUUUCCAUGUUCAACCAAUUCGCAUCUUUCAACUUAUGGAUAUUCGGUCUCGUCUUCUGAUGCCAUAUAUUAAUCUGAGGCAAGAAUUCUGCGCAACCUGAAUUUUUUGUUGGUAAGUGGCAGUUAAGCAUGGGCCAUACAACAUAUCAGAAAAUUGAAGUGCAAGAGCACCAGCGACUCACAUAGAUUUAUUUUGACUCUAACGAGAAGGUUACGUCUGUUGCCGUACAAUAUUUUUAAAGAGGAAUAUGCCUUACGAAUGAGCGAAUUUACAUGUUUUUCAAAUCUUAAUUUACAUCCAGUGUUACACCCAAGUUCUUUGAUUCACUGACAGUUUCAAGUUGUUGUGCAUUGAUGGUAAGUUAAUUGAGUUAGUAACAGCCUGGCGCGCAUGCUUUGGCCCAAAUACAAUUACUUUAGAUUUGCUAGAGUUAAGAUGUAAACAAUGUUCUUCGGCAUUCUUUGUCAAUAAUGAUAAAUCUCUGUUGAUGGUUGCACUCACAAUGUCCACAUCACUGGGUAGAAAAGUAUGAUACAGCUGAGUGUCAUCAGCAUUGCAGUGCAUAUUGCAAGUAUUUAAGCCUUUGCCCAGGUAUGAAGUAUAAAUUGCAAAAAGGAGUGGACCCAUAAUAGAGCCUUGCGGCACGCCUGAUUUUAAGGCUAAUGCGUUAGAAUAACUUCCUCCAAGAAAACCUUUGCUUUCUGCUCUUUAGAUACUUACUGAAAAAGUUGACACGAUCCGAAUCGAGGCCUAUAUAAUGCAAUAUAUUUAGGAGUAAAUUAAAAUUGAUCGUAUCGAAAGCUCGACUAAAAUCCAACAUUAUCAAAACUGUACACCUUCCCUGAUCAGUGGCUCUGAUAAUGUCAUCUGUUACAUGUAGAAGUGCAGUUGUACAGCUAAAAAUUCUUUCUAAAACCAGAUUGAAUUGGAGAGAAAGCAAAGAAAACUUUGCUAGAGUUUCCAUUAAUUGCAACUCAACCGCUUUUUCUAAUAAUUUUGACAAUGCUGGUAUUACAUUAUUAUACUAAAACUAAGUCAAACUUAUAAAAUAAAGAUAAAUAGGAUGAUAUACAAUACUAUAGUUUAUAAAAAUAUUCUGUUUUCCUUUAUAUAUACCUCUU